AUCCUCGCUGCCCAUUGGACGCCCCGGCCAUCAACGAUGCAGAAGCACACCUAUCUUGGAGGCCAGACUGCGUGGUUCGGCUUCAGUAGGUCUCCACCCGAGAGUAUGGCGGUCGGAGACGCCGUGAGAUGUGGAUGCGGGGAUAUUUAAGACAGGGUGGCUGAAAUAACGCGUCAGGUCGCGCUUUUGCGCCUUCUGUCGUGAAACGCAGCAGCAUCUUUAAGGACCUCCACACGAUGACACCCCUUGGGAAGAACGCGUAAUGCCUCAUGUGUUGUUCUUUACGCGAUGCGAGACUUUACUUUGACCUAUAACAUGCGCGCAGAGUCGUUUCUUUAAGCAGAUGUUGGGCCGUACACGCGCUCGCGUUCAGUUGGAGAUGUCAUGAAGUCCGCGCAUCGGUUCUUUGUGCGUCUCGGUGAGCAUUGCAACACGGCCGGUGUGGCCAUGGCUCGCUCGGUGUGCUCUCGACAUCUGCAAUAUUCAACGCAAGUUCCUCGUUGUAUCUGAUCGGAUCGGACUCUGUUAGCUGGCUCAAUCGGACGCGCGUUACGUCGGUGCGCAAUGCGCGAGUACAAGGUGGUGGUGCUCGGCAGCGGUGGCGUCGGGAAGUCCGCUCUCACGGUUCAGUUCGUGACCGGGACCUUCAUCGAGAAGUACGACCCGACCAUUGAAGACUUCUACCGCAAGGAGAUCGAGGUGGAUUCGUCCCCGUCGGUGCUGGAGAUCCUGGACACCGCCGGCACCGAGCAGUUCGCGUCGAUGCGGGAUCUGUACAUCAAGAACGGCCAGGGCUUCAUUCUGGUGUACAGUCUGGUCAACCAGCAGAGCUUCCAAGAUAUCAAACCCAUGCGAGAUCAGAUCAUCAGAGUCAAGAGGUACGAGCGCGUGCCGGUGAUAUUAGUGGGAAAUAAAGUGGAUCUGGACAACGAGCGUGAGGUUUCGUCGAGCGAGGGUCAGGCUCUGGCUGAAGAAUGGGGAUGUCCUUUCAUGGAGACCUCGGCUAAGAGUAAGACUAUGGUGGACGAACUGUUCUCAGAGAUUGUUAGACAGAUGGAUUACGCUUCUCAGCCUGAUAAAGAAGACCCGUGCUGUUCCUCCUGCAAUAUACAAUAACCCCCCGACCCACAGCGAUGAGGCUUUUCACAGGGGUGGAACGCACGAGUACACUUCAGCGUCAGACACAGACCAUAGAAGACAAACCGAACACACUACAGCUCAAUGGUUCUCAACUGCUUUGCUUUCAUCACACAUUCAACGUCCUUUAACUCACACAACCAUAUAGAUUCGCUUCUCAAAGUGUUAAACCCUAAACUCAGACACGUUCAGAUUAAUGCAGUGUUGGGUUUCAUCUGCUUGAUAAUCAGGAAUAAUGCAAAAGAGUUAUCAUGCCGUGGAUUGAAGAAUGCAAUUCUGCAUCCGGACUUGUCUUGUUAUUUAAACCGGUCUGAUGGUGAAGUCAUUUAAGCAGACCACACCAGCCGUGUCGUUUUUAAUUGCAAUUUUAAGUGGAAAUUAGAAAAAUGGUGGGUAAGGGACCGUGUAAAAAGUACACACACUGCUGUAAAACAAACUCACAUUUUUAUUCAUCGAACGGUCAAAUGUCAUUUCAUGACAACACGGCAGACAGAUGACGCUCGUUUUGGUCAGCUUUAGAUGUUAACUUUAUUUUAAUGGUCACUUUAAAGUGUAGCUGUAAAUGCUCUCUUGAGUCUUUAAUUCACUGCACACGUUGGGUAUUUUGCUUCUACCUUUUUGACCUGUUCAUGUUGACAUCUUCAAUAUGACGUAGGCCUUUUACAAAGUAGCAAUUGAUAUCAUAAAGUUUCAUCAGACGCAAACUUUUGACAUCAACAACAAAAGAUGAUGUGUUUGCAAACGCGCCUAUAUGAUUAGUUGAAUUUCAUGAACUUUGUCUCGCUGUUGUCUGCGACAUUAUCCAAACAGUCACGUUCCUCCAGUUGAGAACCACUGAUCUUAAAAAGGUAAAAAAAUCAUCAAAAUAUGAAAUCUAAAACAGAGAGGUUAUAGGAAUGCACUGUUUCUUUUACCUGCACGUAUUCACACGUUAAAUGUACUUUUGACACUUCUUAGAUAGGAUUGCUUUUAUUUCGCUGUUUAGUUUGCACAUAUAGAACCUGAUGUCUUAAACUGCCACUAGACUCUGGAAUAGGCAGAAUGAAUUUGUUUUGUUCUUCCAAAUGGCCCACUGUCAUGUGACCCACAGUGAAGGUGAAGUUUCCUGCGGCUUUCAGAUCUUCAUGAGUGUGCAGGCGUCCCGUUACUGGUGCGUUCAGGGGACUUUUUCUUUUGAGAAAACCAAAUAGGAUGCCAGAAAGCACUUUGCUAUUAAUUGUUGUGUCCAGGUUGAUUUCCGAAACUCCUGGAAAUAUUCUUUUUUGAUUGUGAUUGUUGUGAUUUGUUUUUAAUAAGCAGCUCGAUACAGAAUGUUACAUAAACUGAAUGGUGUAUUUUGAUAACGUAGUAAAACAAUCACCAGAUUUGCUGUAGUAUAGAGAUUUUUAAUCCGGUGGCAGAAUUUCUCGUCCUUCCACAGACGGGAUGCAAACUGGUUUCACAUCACUUUUUAAAGCAAUAAAUGCUCAAAUCCUUAAUGUUCUAUUUGAUCAUUUUUAUUAUUGUAAAGGUUUUUUUUCUAUGUAAUAUUAGUAUUUACCUAUUACAGCUUACUACUCUGGCGUAAUAUUCUUAUUUUCGUUUUAAGUGAGUCAAACGAAAUUUAAUUGUAUGUUGAUUUCACACUUUCAAACUAAAUGUAGACCACCUUUUUAUUCCACGAAUGCUCUGGUUUUGACCCUCGGAACGGAGUAUUCUUAACACUUUGAGCUUUGUUGAGGUUGUACAGGCAAACACAAGAGAAACAAAUACAGCGUCGGUCUUGAUGCAUCUGUGACAAGAAUAACAAAACAGAUUCAUUUUCUCACACCUUUCUCAGGAGAGUUACAGGCUACCAAAUCCGUUGUUAAAGAUAAUCUGUUUUUAGAGGUUUUUUGUUUGUUGUAUUUCUUUGAUCAUUGGAAUAUACAAUAAUAAUAUUCUUCAGCUGUAUUGUCUUAGGUAUUUUGGUAUUAAAGUUAUUUGGUAUUACGGAACAAUUCAUUUUCAAACUUUCAUGUGUGUUCAAUCAUCCAGAAAUGUAAAAAUGUGUAUAAAUGUGUAUAGGAAAGCAGUUGCUGAGUAGUUCAUAAAAACAGAGGCCGAACGUACAACAUGUUGAUUUAGCGGUCACGUGCAUGGCUAAACAUUACUGUUUGUGAACACAUGAACACGUCUCUCUGGAUGGUCAUUUAUGGGUGAAUCUUUGCCAUGCAGACCUGCCGUUUGCCUUUUGAACUUUCAUCUUUAAUCUUAUAUUUUUUUAAGUGAACAACUCUUCCACACGGUAAAUGGAUUGUGAAUAUGGUUUCAUUUGACACAACAAUAAAAAACAAUCUUAUUCA